AUGAGUGCGCUGUACCAGUUAGUCGGAGGCUGGGGUGUUGGCGACAAGGAAAAAUUAUACGAUUCGCUAGGAAAAUAUAACCGACUGCUCAUUAGAGACCUGGAAUAUAGGGACAUGAAGUGGCCUCUAACGUCCAGAUCUUCCUCUAUAUCUUUGGAUCUGUCAAAAUGGACUCCCAAAGACCUCCUACUCUAUUCUCUAGAAUAUUUGUUGUUGGAUGAAUUCAGACGUUUUAAGAAGGAACUCUCCGGUUUUGUCUAUGAUGACAGAGCUGCUGUCCAAUUGGGGCAUACCGCAAACGCAGACAGUAUGUAUAUAAGUGACAGACUUCUAGCUUAUUAUGGAGAUUUCACAGCUCUGGAUGUGACGGUUCAGGUGCUCAAAUUGGUCGGUCUGAUGAGAUUUGCAGAGGAGCUGCAAGAAGACCUAAAUCUAUGCGGUUGGAGGACGCCUGAAGUCAUUUUAGUGUAUAUUCUAGAUAAACUCGAACAACAUCAUUUCAUGCAAUUUAAAAAUAAUCUGCUUAAUGAAGAAGACAAACGUCCCUUUCCACCAAGACUAAAAAAAUCUGCGGACAGGAUCACCACAUCGGACCUUCUCUUACUGCUUUAUGGAGAACAAGAGGCUCUGAGUGUGACGGCCAAAAUACUGCAGAAAAUCCAUGUGACACAAUUGGCAAGAGAUUUGGAGAAUUGGAUCUCAUUGUGUGGCAGCAAGAAACAUGCAAGUUUCCCUCAAGGUGAGGCCGGAACCUCCAAACUAACUGAGGAGAGUUCUUCUCCAAAGCCAGGCAGUAGCAAAGAUUUCGAUUUCCAUGUGGACAAAAAGUCUGACACUGACCAAAGUUCAGCAACCCAGACAGGAGCUGAAACUCUGGUGUCUUUUCAGGAAGAGAAUGCACAGUCUACAUGGAAACUAUCUGAUCUGAGACGUGAAAUGGAGUGCCCGGUUUGCAUUGACAUUUUAAGUGACCCUACAACCCUGAUGUGUGGACACAAUUUCUGCAUGAAAUGUAUUGAGACAGCCUUGGACAACCAGAAUAAAAACAACUUUUUCUGCCCUGUGUGCAAGCAAAUAUAUAUAAGUAGACCAAAACUGAAAAUAAACUAUUCCCUACGAAAGGUGGCAAGAUAUUUUAAGUCAAGAUUUUCAAAGUUGAAGACUGGAGAGCUGAACUGUGCAUACUGUAUUGAGGACCCAGGAGUUGCUGUUAAAUCAUGUCUGCUGUGUGAAGCAUCCUUGUGUGAUGAACAUCUAAAUGUACACAGCAAGAAGGAGGAACACAUCCUAAUAGAACCCACCACUUCCUUCAAGGAGAGAAAAUGCUCCAUUCAUAAUAAAGUCCUUGAACAUUACUGCGCUGAUGAAGAUGUCUAUGUCUGCUCCUUAUGCUGCAUAUAUGGAGAUCACAAAGGCCACCAGGUGGAAAUGGUAACAGAAGCAGCUGAGAAAAAGAAAAAUGAUCUGAGAAAUGUCCAAGAAGAUCUAGCCUGCAAGAAAAUGAAAAUUGAGGAUCUUUUAAAGAGCGUUACUGAAGCACAGAGAUUCUCUGAUACAGAGCUGAUUGGGAAACUGGUGGAAGCUCUAGAGCUGCAGGUUCCUGGUGACACGUCCACACGGGAAGGUCAAGCUUCAUUCUCAGUCUCUGAUCUCAUCCAGAAGGCAGAGGAAAAGAAGAAUCAGCUGUCUCAAAAAAUA